AUGGAAAAAAUGGGUGCGACCCAGGCCAAGAAGGUGAUAAAGGAGGGCGCAGGAGAAACGGCACCUUUGAAUGGGAAUGGAUUUUUUGCGGUCGCUAAUGGGGCAAAACCUGGUAUCUAUCCUUUUUACCACGGCAAAGGCGGUGCUGAGAGAGAAGUUAAGGGGAAGGCUGGUGCUUGUCACAAAAAAUUUAGAACGAUGGCUCAAGCCGAAGCCUUCAUCGAAGAUUGGAAAAAGUCUUAUGCUGAGGUUUGGCACGAUAUGAUAAAGGAGGCUUUAGACCAAGGCUUCAGACCACGCAGUAUUGAAGCCUUCCAACCUCGCAGUAUGGGGUCUAUCGUUCAACAGUUUUUGUACGAGCCGGGGAAAACCGCCGAAAUGGACGACAUUACGGAGAACACGAGGCAGCUUUCGCUGCAACAUCCAAAGCACACGAACUAA